AGUAUCCAAAUCUCAACUUUUCUCUCUUGUUAUUACUCCUCUAGCUACUCCUCUAGCUUUUUCCAAGGUCUGAUUUGCUUCACCUUUUAGAAACACAACACAUUUCUCAUACACCUUCCAACCAUGGUUGCUGCUGGAAAACUCUCUGUGGGGGUCGUUAUGGUGCUAGUAAUAGCCACCAUUUCCAGCUCUGUUUCUGCAGAUCCGGAUAUGCUCCAAGAUGUUUGUGUUGCUGAUCCCAAUAAUGCUGUGAAGAUGAAUGGUUUUGCCUGCAAGGCAAGCUUCAGCGCAUCAGAUUUCUUCUUUGCCGGUCUAGCAAUGCCAAAGCCCGCCAACAAUAUGCUGGGUUCAACCGUGACUCCAGCCAAUUUGAUGCAAAUUCCCGGCCUCAACACCCUAGGUGUCUCCAUGGCCCGCAUCGACUUUGGCCCCGGCGGCCUUAACCCUCCCCACACCCACCCACGCGGCACCGAGAUAUUAUUCGUUCUCUACGGAGAAUUGGAUGUUGGGUUCAUUACCACAGCCAAUGUGCUUGUUUCCAUGACCAUUAAACAGGGUGACAUAUUUACUUUUCCUAAGGGUUUGGUUCACUUCCAAAUUAAUAAUGGAAACGGACCGGCUGCCGCUAUUGCUGCGUUCGACAGCCAGAAUCCAGGUGUUCAGGCCAUUGCUGCCACGUUGUUUGCUGCUCUGCCCCCGGUGUCGGAUAGUGUGUUGAGUAAGGCUUUCCAGAUAUCAAAUCAGGAGGUUGAUGCAAUCAAGUCAAAACUUGCAGGAUAGCCAUAGAAGGUGCUUUGUGAUCUGGGGUGGCCGGUCGGUUCUUGGUUUUCUUCUUCUUGUUGUGAUUGAAAAAGGAUUCAUGGUUUCAUGAAAAUAAAUAGUGGGUCGGAAAGUGAAUCGAUGUAUUUGAGUUGAUUUACCUAUGUAUUCAGUUUCAUUUAUUUAGUGUACCAAAAAAUAAGAUGAAUGUUUUAAAUAACAGUAGUAUCUAACUACGUAUCAAUGAUAGUAGUGUAUCACCCCACUUUGUAUUUCACAAUAAGUCACUUGAAUUUUUAAGUUAGAAGAUUUUUGUGCAUA